CAUGUCGGCACUUCCAAAGCAUGCACAGGCGUUUAGGGUUGUUCACACGUUGCAACUCCAUGCUUGGCAGCCGGCGGGUGUUUCUGACUCGUGCCUAGAGCCCCGAUUUUGCCAUAAGCGACAGCGGGUAGCAAGUAGUGUUCCGAAGGCAAGCAAGGGGCCAGCUGGCCGCAACGGCUUUUGUGAUGCCGCUCGUGACCUUGUUCGUGCCCUUCGCUAAUAUUGCUGCAUGCUCUGAGCCUACAGGCGCCUCCACAACAUGGGCUUCGCGACCGCCGGGACGAGGAGGAGCGCGACGAGCGACCCCGCGAGGACAAGGUGGCGCGCCAGCGCCGGAAGCUGAUAGAGCAGCACAACAUGGAGAUGCAGAAGCUGGACGAAGAGCUAGCGGCGCGGAGACAGGCGCUGAAGCGGAAGCACGCAGAGGAACUGAGGACGCUGGCUGCGCAGGAGGUGGAGGGAGGAUCCCAGGAGAUGGUCGCAGCAGCAGCGGCAGAGAUGGAGAACGCGGCGGCGGCGGAGCGGGAGGGGGAGGACAUGGACGAUGCAGGAGGCGUGCCGCCGGCAGCUGUGGCGGCACCGGCCGCAGCCGUGGUGGCUCCGGGCGUAGUGCGGGUUGGGGCCGCAGCAGGCCGGGUGGCUGUGGUGGCGGCAGUGCUGCCCGCGGCGGGACCUGGGGUGGCGGCUGCGCCCGCCGCUAUGCCCGGAGGCGGCGGCAACCCCGCCGCUGCUGUGCCAUUGCUGCAGCAACAGGUGCAGGCGGAGGCGGCGGAGCAGGGGAUGGAGGAGCCCCACCACCACCAGCACCACCAGCAACAGCAGCAGCAGCAGCAGCCGUCAGACUCGGCGGUGGAGCAACAGCUGCACCGGCAGCCGCAGCCGCACGGGCAGGCGCAGGCGUCGGUCAGUGCAAAGGACACGACGUUAGGCAGCGGACACGCCUCCAACAGGGCGCCGGCCGCUGUUGCCGCAGACGAGUAGGAGGGGGAUGGAACCGCCGUGGAGGCUGCGCCGUGGGGCUGCCAGGUGGGCAGCAACAGCAGCAGCAGCAGCAGCAGCAGCAGCACCGGGGCGCCCUUCAGCUACCGGCGGGCCCUUCACGCUGUGAGGCAACUAACCCGGCAUGUAGCAGCCUGGAUGGGCCCAGCGCGCUCAUCGCACCCGGACGCGGCAAGACGUGUGCGCGCUGCCGGCGCGUGCGCAUCACGUACAGCUGCGGCGCGUGCCAGCUGAGCCACUGGCGGGAAGGGCACAGCUUGGAUUGUGCGGAGCUGGCGGCAGCGGCCGGGGCUAGCUAGGACAGCGCUCUAGAAGGAAUAAUGGUACUGGUGCGUACGGUCUUCAACGUUGCAGUUGCAUUGGACUGCCGGUAUGCAGCUGACACUGCAGUCAGCGGGCUCGCCAUAAAUGUGCACGGUUCGCUAUCCACGCCAGCAUGCAAAUGCGAUGCGGGCCGGGGCUGCUGAGUUGGUAGCUACCAGGACAUUAACGAAGAGUAUGUCGCCCAAGCCAUGUUUUGCUCUGGGGCUGCCACCGGGGGCUCACUCCUAAGUUCACACGCUGUCAACCGCCCCAUUACUCGUACCCGGGCAGUGGCUGCCGGUGAAUGACACGCGCCGGCAACGGCGCACGACUAGAGGGCGCAAGUCCCAACGCCUGCUUGCUACCGCAAGAGGCACAGAUGAUAACGCCUUGACGCAUACCCAGCGCAUACCGUACGACUGGGCAUUGUGAUGCAGUUUGAGCCAGUCAAGCAAAAACAUUCAUGCCGCCAAGAGUGCGGGCUAUCUUGUGUACUGCCGUACAGCAUGUUGCGUGCGGGUGGUGUUUCGUAUAAUGAAGUGAGGCCACUGGCGAUGUAAGGAUAUUGCAUACGGUGUUGCAUGCGGUGUGUUGGAAAUCAAUAAAAAACACAAGGAAAACAUAGCGCAAAGACAGUGUACGCGAUGCAGCAGAGCGAGCAGAGAGAGCGUGUGUGUGUGCGUGUGCGCGCGUGUGUGCGUGUGCGCGCGUGUGCGCAUGCGUGAGUGCCUGUGUUUGUCGGAGCAGUUCAAGAGGCAUAGCGGUGGGCACAGUGGCAGGCAGGCUGGCCGGCAUGUGGCGGUUGUAUCGGCGGUCGUGAGGGCGCCGGACGGUUGCAAACAGGAAGUCAGCCGUCCGUAUGAAUGCGGAUGUUACAGAGGGGAAAGUCCAGCACCCGAAGAAAUGUAUGUCCGUAUGGCAUUUAACACGACAUACAGAAGAAGUACGCCGGGCAGCAAGGGUAUAAAUCGGCGUAACUGCAUAACGGGUUCUUACUUUGCAAGUUAAUUGGUGCUUGCCUGCCGUUCGGUGAAUGAGUAGACUGUUGUGUGGUAGUCAACUUUGAGAACAACCGCAUAGGGUGUGGCGGCGGGGGCGGGGCCUUCCACGAUGAGCGUCAUUAUGUCGAAGGC